AUGCAAGCAUCUAUUGAGAAACGUAAAAAUGAAAUUUCUGACCUUAUUGACAUAUUCCAAGAGAAACCAGUCAAAAAGUUAUCAUAUCACGCUCGUUAUAAUAAAAAACGUAGGCUUGAAAAAGAACAAAUUUCAAACCCACCAAUAGGUCAUAAUUUAUCUACCACACCAACUAUAGCAUUAACGAUUAAUGAUAUUACUUUUGAUCUGAACCGGUCGACCUUUCCAAGCUAUUAUUGA